UGCGUUUAUCAUCUGCUAGUCACGUUAUCUAAUUUACCGAACGCACACCUGCGUGAAUGGCUGCGUGAAUGGAUUUAAAAGCAUUGGCGAAGUUGCAUUACGUUGUGUCUAUACAAAAUUUUGCGAAAAUAAUGAAGACGGGAUCAAAACAUUCUUAAAUUGAGAGUUCUCUGAUCCUUUUUCUAUAUCAGCUGUAGACGAAAUCAUUACAUGGUUAGGAACUAUUGCAGCAGAACCUGUACCUGAGAUAAAUUUACAAAAACAAAUCCCAAAACAUUACAAAAUUUGUUUAUAGAAAAUUCAGACAGUUUAGAAUUUUAUAAUGUGUUUAGAUUUUCAAUCUACAUUUAAUACGUGUGCAUUUUUAGGUUAAUUUGAUUGUAAAUACGAAUAUCGUAAACUUUAAAAAAUUUUUCCAUUAUAUAAUACUUAUCUUGGAUUACUUUUACUUUUGCGGGAUCGAUUUCGAGGAGUUGUUCUACCCCUUUUUGAUUUUUUAUUUUAAUAAAAUCUAUUUUCACAUUUUAAUUAAUCAAUGUGGAUGCAGAUAAUUAAGCUAGAUUCGCAAUGGGUGUAUUCGUUUACGCAGUACUGCAAGCAGAGCAUCCAGAGCAGGACCUCCGAAGUACCUGCGCAGAUGAGAUACAUCCCUGCGUAAACGAACGACAAACUGCGCUGCAGUUAUUUUCGCAGGCGGAGUAAACGAACGACAUCUGCGGCAGUAACUGCAUAAACGAAUGCACCCUAUAUAAGCAUAAGCAAAUGCAUAAGGAAAUGGACCAAUCAAUUUCCUUAUGCUUAUGCGUUAUGCUUUAUGCAAAAGUCUGUGCUCCGGCCAUUAUAACUGAACUAGUGCAGCUAGUUCAUAUAGCAGGUAUUCAUUUAUCUAUGUAAAAAACCGAUUUUAUACAGAACAGCUGUAUUGAACAAAUUUGAGCGUACGAGGAAAACAAUAAAACAUUUUGUUAAUUAGUAUUACUUCUAUAUCGAUUUAAUUUAUUAUAUAUUGUUAAACAUGAGCAAUAAGCAGAAAGUCCUUAUUUGUGGGGAUGUGCAAGGACAUUUCAAGACCUUAUUUUCUAAAGUAGAGGUUAUUAAUAAGAAAAAUGGUCCAUUCGAUUUCUUGCUAUGCAUUGGCAAUUUCUUUGGUGCCGAUAACUCUGAGUUGGAAUCUUAUAAAUCCAAUGAGAAAACUAUCUCGAUUCCGACGUAUUUUAUCGGCCCUAAUAGAGAGUCGGACUUGACGCACUAUCCUGACGAGGAUGGAUACGAAAUAUGUCAGAAUCUCACUUAUCUUGGAAAGCGCGGCUUGUACACUGCCGGUUCUGGUCUCAAAAUAGCAUAUCUUAGUGGUGUGGAGAAAACGUCAACUGAGAACAAAGCUAUACACUUCAGCGAGAAAGAUGUUUUGUCCAUUAACAACACUUGUUUAAAAGGCCAACCCAGUUAUCGUGGUGUAGAUAUCUUGUUAACAUCUCCAUGGCCUGAUGGAGUAACUAAUCUUGAUACUAACAAGCCAAAUUAUAAAUAUCACGGUUCCAAAUUAAUUGCUUGGCUUGCUACUCACAUUAAACCUAGAUAUCACGUAUCGGCUUUGGAAGGAAUUUAUUAUGAACGGCCACCGUAUAGAAAUCAAAGUCAAAGUGAUGAAAGUAUGGAAAUAGCAACUAGAUUCAUAGCUCUGGCGCCAGUAGUAAAUGCUCAUAAGAGGAAAUGGUUAUACGCAUUGAAUUUAACUCCUGUUGAUAGAAGUAGACUGUCUGACCUAAUUAUGAAAACAACAGAUGAGACACCAAGUCCAUAUCCCGAAUUCAUGUUGUCUGACGAUCCAACAUUGCAAAAGCAGACACAUGUGCAAUUUUUUUACAACAUGGAUUCGAGCGAUAAUACAAAGAGAAAACGGCAUCAGAACGAUGGUCUCAAUAAAAAAUCAAAGCUAGAAUUUGAUCAAUCAAAAUGCUGGUUUUGCUUAUCCAGUCCGGUGGUGUCCAAGCAUUUGGUGAUAUCUGUUGGCACUGAGAUCUAUUUGGCAUUAGCAAAGGGUGGUCUUGUGGAGGAUCAUUUCUUAAUUCUGCCAAUAACACAUCACCAGAGUUUAUCGAUUCUGCCACAAAAUGUGAAGGAAGAAAUGGAUCUCUAUAAGAAAGCCGUGGCCAGAUACUAUGAGAGCACUGACAGAGUACCCGUGUUCUUUGAGAGGAACUUUAAAAGCGCCCACUGUCAACUGCAAGCUGCACCAGUUCACAAAAAUCAAGCACCUGCAUUAAAGGAAAUGUUUGAGGAAUUAGCCGAAUGUAACAAUUUCAAAAUAUCAGAGCUACCGCAGCAUACAGAUUUACAACAGGUUGCAAAACCGGGUAUUCUAUAUUUUUAUGCAGAACUGCCGAAUGGAACAAUGUUGUAUCAUAGGAUCAAAAAUGACUUCCCGUUGCAAUUCGGCCGAGAAGUAUUAGCAUCCGAUAGGAUCUUAGAUAUCAAUGAUAGGACCGACUGGAAGGAUUGUCACAUGAGUCAAGAGGAAGAGAUGGAGAUAGCAAAAAAAAUUAGAAAACAAUUUGCACCAUUUGACAUAGAUACUUAAAAAUUUGUAUGACUUAUUUUUAGAAUUUAAUGUAUAUACUUAUCUAUGUGUGAAACCUGAUUAUAAUCAAUAUUUUGUAAUUUAUUUUUUACCUUAGUUUUUAUAUGUAUCCAAUAUUUGAAAUAUGUACAUAGCUUAGGAAUACACAGAUUUAUGGCACAAAAACAGUGAAGAAAUAAACUUCAUAUUAAAAUUGA